GUUCCCUUCUCCUCAGAGCGUUUGCAGCAGUCCCAACUCGUGAGGACGAGGAGGAUCCCUCGAGUGAUCGCGGUUAUCUUCCUGCUCAGUUCCGUCAUUGAUUGAGUCGCGGCGAGCGAGCAGUAUUGCACGUGAAGUGAGUGCGGGAUCCUCGUCUGUAAGUGUGUUGCCAGGCACAGGCAUGGCUGAGGGAUGACCAUGGACGCCCUGUUCGCGGCCUUUGUGCCUGGGAGUUCUGAGGCCGUCAGCCAAUGUGCCCAUUGGGAGACCAACCUACCUCAGGCUCAGCGGCAGCAGCAGCAACAGCAGCAGCAGCAGCAGCAGCCAGAGGGAAGGAGGAAGGACGUAGCGAAGAACAGCAGCAGCAGCAGCAGGGCCAAGGACAGCAAUCCCAGGCAUAACCUGAAGCUCAAGAGGCCAUCCAUCAGCUGCAGCUGGUCCAUCCACGACUGUAAGCUCACUCUCCCUCCUCCCUCCCCCCCAUGGCGUGGCCCAUGCCAUCGGAUGUCAUGUGUCUGUCUGUCUGUGUGCAUCCGGCUGUCCAUCCAUAUAUCAGUUGAGGAGAAGACCUUCCUCUCCGAGGGAGCAUACGGGCGCGUGUACAAGUCUGAGUUCACCCCUGGGCGGCAGACGGUGGCCCUCAAGAGGCUGCAGCGGACGGAGUCGCGGCGGGACGGCAGGAAGGAGGAGCACAGGGAGAGGGACCCUUUUGAGGCCGCUGAGGGGGUACGUCACGUCAGUCAUUCUGACACACACACACCCGCAGAUGCCAGAGAGAGCAACACGACUGACUCUGUGUGUGUCUGUGCAGAUUCCGAUCAUCAUCUUCCGCGAGCUGAUGUUUCUGCAGGAGCUGAGUGAGCGAUCUGCAAACAUGGGGUGGCUCGGCUCAUCAACCGACGAUUUCUAUCUAUCAUGCGUGUGUGUGUGGGGGAUGGUGGGUGGUGUGGCUGCAGAGCACAGGAAUAUCGUGCGCUACUUCGGCACUCUCACAGACAGUAAGGCAACACGCACACACACACACACACAGAGAGAGAGGGAGAGAGAGGACCCCUGUAAGUGUGUGUGUGUGUGUCCAUGCACACAAACAUCAGGGCCCGGCGUGUCGCGUCACGGCAGUGACGGCAGCUUGUCGAGCGACAGCCUGCGGGAGGAGCAGAAGGAUGACUAUUCGGCCAACAUGAUCUUCGAGUACGUCAACCACACCCUCCACUACCUCAUUAACUACAGGGCCGGGCCGCACAAGGCGCAGCACUCAAACCCCUUCACAAACCUGGGCAACAAACUGCCGGUAAAAAAGCUAGUGUGUGUUCGGAAAUGAAAUGCCUCACGAACGAUUCGAUUGUCCGUGUGGUUUGGUGUGCGCAGUUCUCGGCUUUGGAAUUUCGCGUGUUGCUGAAGCAGCUGCUGGAUGGGCUCAACUACUGCCACAGCCACGGCAUCCUGCACAGGGACAUCAAAGGUAGGUCAGCCACCAUGCCAUGCCCAUACACAGAAGAAAGCACUGCCACUGCAUCCCCUUUGUGUGUGUGUUGGGGGGGGUCAGCCGCGAAUGUGUUGGUUGACACGCGGGGCCGGCUCAAGAUCAUCGACUUCGGCCUGGCGGCGCGCACCAAAUCCGGAGAGUCGCACAUGUGCACCAACGUCUGUACCUACCCCUACAGGCCACCUGGUGGGGACUCCCCGGCCCCGCCCCGCCCCUCUCAUCAUUGCCUCUCUGUGUGUGUAUGUGUGGCUGUCGCGGUGUGUGUGUGUGCGUGUGUGUGUGUGUGUGGUGUAGAGGUGCAUCUGGGCUACACGGGUUAUGGUGCGGACAUCGACAUUUUCUCUGUGGGCUGCCUGUUCGCCGAGAUGCUGCUGGGCUUCCACCCCUUCCUCGACCAGCGGGAGCACAAGCACGACGGUCAGUCAGUAGUCAGUGAAUGAGUGAAUGAGUCACCCUGCCAAUCUUUCCAACCACACACACACGGAGAUGGAUGGAUGGACACGGGUGCUGGUCGGUGUGUUGUGCAUGCAGAUCAUGACAAGAAGGAUGGCCACCACAUCCCCCCUGACGACAUCUCCCUCUGGAUCAUGCUCGUGGUGAGUGAGCUCCGCCCUACCCCCCGCCCAGCCACACACCCCGGAAAAUCCAUCUCUCUCUCUCUCUCUCUCCCUCCCUGUCUGUGUGUGGCCCAUCCCUCCCUCCCUCCCCACCAAUCCAAUCCGACAGCGUCUCGGUCUGCGGACCCCCAAGGGCCACGAGUGUCCUUAUGUCGAAUUCGGCGGGCCGGAGGAGCGAGACAUGAUCAGCGAGUUCCUCAAGAGCCUGCCCAACUGGGAGGACAAGUGCCGCAAGUUCGAGCGGCACGAGCGGGACCACCGGCUGCCCUGGCCCGACCACUUCCUCAACCUCUUCGACCACCCCAACCUGCAGAGGCUCAAACAGUGAGGAGGGAGGGGGAGGGGGAGGGGGUGGGUGUGGAGAGAUUGUGUGUGUGUGUGUGUGUAUCUGUGGUUGCGGUAGGUAUGACCCUGACGCCUUUGAUCUGCUCACAAAGAUGCUCAAUCCCAAUGGAGGUGAGAAAUCGUUAAAUCGUUGUGCCGUCGUGAGGGACGAGAUGAGAUGAGAUGGAUGGAUGGAUGUGUGACUUGCAGCCCGUCGCAUCACUGCACACAACGCCCUGCGCCACCCGUUCUUCACCGAGUGGGCGCAGCAGCCCAUCCCCGAAACGUGAGACCACACCAGCCCACCCCUGCCACCCACACGCACUUCCUCGUGUCUUAAUGUGUUUGUGUGUUGAUUGCUUCAUGACGAUCGGUCCAUCCAUCAGGCUCAGCUGGGCGCUCAUUCCCGAGCGGAAGCCGCCCGACAUGAAGGUGCCCUUCGAGUACGCCGAUAUCAACGAGGUGCCCCCCUAUAUGCCGGAGCACGUCAGGCCCCCGCCCCCCUCUGACAUCUCCCGGCCAAUCCGCAUCCUUCGGGUCCCACACGCACACGCACACCCACACGCCGGGAUGUCUGGCAUGUCGGUGUCCGCGCCAUUCCAUCCUCCGCCGCACCCAGGGUCUUGCCCGCCUGCCUCUGUCGAGGGGAUCAACCUCUUCCCCCCGGCCCCGGCCGUGCACGGCCACGCACAGCCAACGGUGCCGGACGAGCUGGUGGACCAUCAGAUCCACAUGGCGGGGGGGAGCACUAUCAAGGUGCUCAAGCCGCCUGGCAUGCCGCCCGGGCCGUUCGUCCCGCGGCAGCCGCAGCACGAGCCGCCGUGCCUUCCGCCUUUGCCGAUAAGGCCCAUCUCUCCCCGCCCACCGCCACACGAUCGAGACCACCAUGCCCACGAGCAGCAGCAGCAGCAGCAGCUCAACGGCGUGCAUCCCCUCGCGCAUCCAGAGGACGCCAGCCGGCCCACCUCAGUCGACAAGGACCGGUUUAAGGAGGUCUCAGAAGCGGCGAGAGAGGAGAGCGUCGGUGUCGGUCGCGGUGUCACCGCAAGCAAGAAGCGAGAGCCACUGCCGCUCCAAGAGGAGGUCGUCAGGAAGGCGGGGCUGGUCAACGGCAACGGCAGUGGCAGUGGGCGAGCAUCCGACAGGGGAGAGAGGCCGCCCCGGCCCCCCCCAAGAGAAGGAGAGAGGCCCGCGCCCCCACCCCCCCUCCCACCACCAAGAGGCCGUCGAUCGCUUUCCCCCUCUCCCCCUCCCCCUCCCCAGCCCCGCCGUGGUGAGCGUGACCGUGACCGUGAUCGAGACCACCUCCCUCCCUUGCCCCCAUCUGUCGGGCGCCCGCUGCCAAGCGGCCGCUGCCGAACGGCCAGAGAGAGGGAGGAGAGGGAGAGGGAGAGGGAUGAUAAGAGGCGGCCCCCACCCGCACCACCACCACCUCUCCCCGAUGACGUCGACAGGAAACGCGGCCGCCAGCCCCCGCCCCUGCCGGCUCCCCCACGUAAACGAAGCCUCUCCCCGUCACCACGCGAGCCGAGACGAGAUCGAGACCGAGAUCGAGAUCCUCCCCCGCCACGCAGGAAGCGCGAAAGAGAGCCAUAUCUUCCCCCCAUUGAGGCGGGCUUUCGGCCGUCGCCUGGCCCGUCCCCUGACAUGCGAGAUCGGCGUGAUAGGGGGAGGGAGAGGGAGAGGGAGAGGGAGAGAGACCGGGAGAGAGACAGAGACAGAGAUCGGGAGGAGAGAGACAGAGGAGGAAGGUGAGCGCCGACCCAACACACCUUCCCACAGAUCCAUCCAUCCGCUCACUCACACAGCUGCUGGAAGGAUGGAUGGAAAUGUGCGUGUGUGUGUGUGUGUGUGCUUGUGUGUUUUGUGUUAUGUGUCAGGGGGGGUUUGCGGCCUCGGCGAGACCGAGAGCGAUCGGAGGAUCGCAAGAGGGAGAUGCGGGAGGAGGACCUCAUCGACAAGAUCGACAAGGGCAGGGACGCCAGCCUCUUCUUCAAGACAGAGCGGGAGAAGAUGCUCCUGCGGGACAGGGACAGGGACAGAGACGCUGACCGACCCCCACCCAGGUACACCCUUCCACCCUCUCCCUCCCUCCCUCCACCCACCCAUCCCCCUAUAUGUCCCUGCUGCAGGCGCGAUCACCGAGACGGCGACCGUCCCAGGCGGCGCAGCCCGUCGCCACCGCCGGGCCCACCGCCAGCAAAGCGGCUCCGUUCAACGGCAGACGGCCCCUCUCCCAGAGAGACACAGAGAGACAGAGAGCGGGAGAGAGACCGAGGAGAUCACCGUGUCUCUCCACGUAUCUCGCCGCUUGGCAAGAGAGACAGGGAGAGAGACAGGGAGAGGGAUGAAGGCCGUCGUGUGCGGAUGCGUGUGGGGCCUGGAGGGCCUGGGGGUGUGUCGCCGCCCACUGGCCGGAGGGGCAGGGGGUAUGACGGACAUGACGGCACGCCGCCCCCACCUGGCACAUGACUGACUGACUCUCGUCGGCUGUUUCUGGUGUGGGAGGGUCGAGUGUGGUGGAUGGGUGAGAAGAGCCAGGCGGCAAGGCUUUUGGCUGUCUGUCUGGCUAGGGAGGGCAGCCCCUGUACACAGAGCACACACAGAGAGAGAGGGAGGAAGGGUUUCUGCAGUUGUAUUUGUUGCCGGCCCCGCCGGGGUGGGAUGGGCCGGACGGAGGAGCCUCAGGGAUUUUUGCGGAUGUGUGGUGAUGGUGAUGGUGAAUCGCGG